AUGACAGGGAUUCACAUAAACUUUCAGAAUUGUAGGGGACUUAACACGAAAACUGCGGAAUUCUAUAAAAAUUGCUUGGAAGGUAAUUAUGAUGUAGUAGUAGCUGUAGAAACAUGGCUUCGGGAGGAUAUGGUUGAUGGAGAACUAAUUGAUAUAAAUGUAUUUAACUUAUUGAGAUCUGACAGAAACCAGGAGAUUUCUGGCAAAACUAAGGGAGGAGGAGUAUUAAUGGUAAUAAAAAAGGAGCAUAAGAUUGUAAAAGUAACACAACAUUGUUCAUCUUUUGAAAUUUUGGUUGCGGAUUUAAAAAUUAAUAACAAAUUAAGUAUAAAAUUAAUUGGAGUGUAUAUUCCACCAGAUUGUAAAUUACAUGACUAUGCGAAUUGCUUCGAAUUGUUACAAACACAUAUUACUGAUAUUAAUAACACGUUUAUUUUUGGCGACUUCAAUAUUGCAGAAAUUAAAGGAACCGAAAAUCUAGAUUUUACUAACGGAAGUGCUAAGUUUAAAAGUAUGAUUGAGUUUUUAAAUUUUAAUUCAUUUUUGCUUUAUAACAAUGUAAAAAACUGGCAGGGCAAAACUUUAGAUCAAGUAGUAGCAUCUGCAGAUAAUAUAAAUAGUUGUAAGGUAUGUCAAGAGCAGUUACCGUUAGUAAAGGAAGAUAGAUUACAUCCAUCUCUGGAAAUUCAACUUUCAUUUACAGUAUCAAGUUUUAGACAAACAGAUAAGUUAGUUGGUAAUAGAUUUAAUUUUAAAAAAGCAAAUUUUGAUUUGAUGUGUGAUUUGAUGAGAAAUAUGACGUGGGAAGCUGUAACAGAGGAAAUAGAUAAAGCUCUAGAUGUCUUUUACUCAAAAGUACUUAAUAUAUUUGAAGGAUCUGUACCACAAUAUAAUAUUUACAAGAAUUAUUCUAAUUUUCCGAAAUGGUUUACGCCUGAUAUCAAAAAGUUGCUCAAACAAAAAAAUAAUUUUAGAAAGUUAAGACAUGUUUCAAUUUAUUUUAACAAUCAAUUUAUAGAGACCAGAAAAAAACUGAAAUCAUUAAUUAACAUAGAGCACAGGAAAUAUAUACGGCAAAUUGAGGAAAAUAUAGAAAAUGAGUUUAACAAUUUCUGGAAUUUCAUUAAUAAUAAGAAUUCUAAGUCUAAUCAAACAGAAAUAUUUUAUUUUGGGGGUAAAGAAAUAAAUCAGAGUGAUACUGCUAAUGAGUUUGCGAAAUAUUUUGAAUCUGUUUAUUCUACCGACAUUUCUAGCUAUAACACUAAUUUUACAAAUAUUGUUAGUAAUAACAAUGUUUUGAAUUUACCAUCAAUAACAAGCGUAGAUUAUGAUAAUGCAGUCAAAAAGCUGAAACCAAAGAAAGCUGCCGAAACGGAAGGUAUGAAUAUAAAUAAAGAACAGCUGUCAUCUUUGGUAAAGGCUUACAUAGCAUCGCUUCAAGGGUAUUUUGACAACUAUUUCCCUGCCAGUUCUGACGUCAGUUCUAAAAACUUGUGGGUGGCAAAUCCUUUUUUACCGCUCAAGGAUAUUGAUCUUACACUUAAUGAACAGGAAGAACUUAUUGAGAUAUCUUCUGAUCGUCAGCUUGAAGUUGUCAAAAUACAAUGUGACAAUAUUGCAAGCUUUUGGAUCAAGUUACUUGAUGAGUACCAAACCCUCAGCCAAAAAGCCUUGAAAAUUCUAUUUCCUUUCAAUUCUACAUAUCUUUGUGAAACAGCAUUUUCAACACUAAAUGUUAUUAAGAAUAAGCAUCGUAACAGUUUGUUGAAAUUGGAUGCUCCAUUCAGGUUGAGUUUUACCUCUUUGAAGCCAAAUAUCGAAGAUCUUGCCAGUAAAAUGCAAAACCAAGGAAGUCACUGA